CACACACUCACCCACGCACUCUCAAGAGCCAGGAGCACAGAGGGAACUUGUGUUAAGCGUGGCAUUCGUACCUGUCUAUUCUCGCUUUCGACACACACACACACACACUCCCACACACACACACGUCUGGAUAUGGGACUUUGCCACCGUUGAGUUUGCUUCUGUCAGAGGGAGUAGCGUUAACACAGAGACAGCUUGUGUGUGUGUUAAAGAGCUUCUGAGCGCAUUCACCGACCUGCAGAGUGGACAUGCCACUUUGGCACAGCCGUUCCCGUAACGCUGACCGCUGAGGACACUUACUUACUCUCUCUGUGUGUGUGGGGGGCAUUUGGGAAGUGGAGAUGUUGUACCUUGAGCACCCCCUGCUGAUGAGUGUGGAGAACCCAGCAGCGUUCCGGCCCAUGGGCCGUGUGCUGGACAUGGAACCACGUGCGGUGGGAGGAGGAGGAGGAGGAGGAGGAGGAGGAGGAGGGAAGAUGGCUUUGGGGUUCCAGAGGAGCUCCACGUCUGACGACGACUCUGGCUGUGCACUGGAGGAGUACACCUGGGUACCACCUGGACUCAGGCCCGAGCAGGUGCAGCUGUAUUUCUCCUGUCUGCCGGAGGAGAAGGUCCCCUAUGUCAACAGUCCAGGGGAGAAGCACAGGAUACGCCAGCUACUCUACCAGCUGCCCCCGCACGACAACGAGAUCCGGUACUGCCAGUCUCUGGGUGAGGAGGAGAAGCGUGAGCUGCACAUGUUCAGCACUCAGAGAAAGAAGGAGGCGCUGGGCAGAGGAACUCCCAAAGUGCUGCCCCGCACCCUGCAGCACACCAUCUGCCAGCACUGUGGCGAGGGCAUCGGUGGCGGUGAGAUGGCGGUGUUUGCGUCGCGGGCGGGCGGGGGCCCCUGUUGGCACCCGGCGUGCUUUGCGUGCUUCACCUGCCACGAGCUGCUGGUGGAUCUCAUCUACUUCUACCACAACGGCAAGAUCCACUGCGGACGGCACCACGCCGAGCUCCUCAAGCCUCGCUGCUCUGCUUGUGAUGAGAUUAUUUUUGCAGAUGAGUGUACGGAGGCUGAGGGCCGUCACUGGCACAUGAAACACUUUGCGUGCUUCGAAUGUGAGACGGUGUUGGGCGGUCAGCGCUACAUCAUGAAGGACGGACGGCCGUUCUGCUGCGGCUGCUUCGAGUCGCUCUACGCCGAGUACUGCGAAGCCUGCGGAGAGAACAUCGGUGUGGACCAUGCCCAGAUGACGUACGAGGGCAUCCACUGGCACGCCACGGACAAGUGCUUCUGCUGCGCCCACUGCAAAUCCACCCUGCUGGGCUGCCCGUUCCUGCCCAAGGAGGGCCGCAUCUACUGCUCCAAGGCCUGCAGCCAGGGGGAGGACCUCCACCUGUCCGACUCCUCCGACUCCGCCUUCCAGUCGGCGCGCUCGCGCGAGUCCCGCCGCAGCGUGCGCGUGGGCAAGAGCAGCCGGCCCGGCGAACAGGGCCACUACCAGACGCUGCCGGACGGCGGCGCGGUCAUCGUCGGAGGAGGAGGCGGCGGGGGGGUGGCGGUGAUGGAGGGCGUGUGCGAGAAGCUGGCGCAGCUGGAGUUCAGAGACGGGCGUCUGUGGGGGAGGGCCGAGCAGGAGGAGGGGCGGCCGGCGGCCGAGGAAGAGGAGGAGGAGCGAGAGGAGGACGAGGAGGAGUGGGCGCAGCACGAGGACUACAUGACGCAGCUGCUGCUCAAGUUCGGCGAACGCGGCGUCUUCGGACCCGCCGAGGACAACGGCGGCACUGACCCGCGUGGGCGAGCCGGACCCGGCGCAGAGCCGUGGCGGCUGAUGGACUCUUCCGACGCCCACUCUAAACUGGACAUGAAGAUGGGCCAGGGCCAUCAGAACCCACUCCCCAACCAAAACCAGAACCUGCCCCUUCAGAACCACGGGCUGGCCAGCAAGAAGCACCAGGCAGACAUGUACUGGACCCAGUCCCAGGACGGGCUCGGAGACUCGGCCUACGGCAGCCACCCGGGCCCGGCCAGCGCCAGGAAGAUCCAGGAGCUGGAGCUGGACCAGGCCGGUUCUGGGGCCGGGUUCUGGAGCGCCGGCCCCCGGCAGUGGUACGAGGACUCGCUCGAGUGCAUCACGGACGAGCUGAGGGCGGCAGAGCAGAGCGUCGGAGACUCCAUGGACUCACUCGCCCUCUCCAACAUCACAGGUGCGUCAGUGGAAGGCGACAGCAAGGAGCGGCAGGUGCUGUACUCCCUGCAGGGCCUGAAGGGCCCGGAGGAGCCCGACGACUGUGACAAGCUGAGCAACAUGGGCACGCUCAACUCCUCCAUGCUGCACCGUAGCGCCAACUCCCUCAAGAGCCUGGGCUCCGAGCUGGACAACGUGGACGCCGGCCGAGAGGAGGAGGUGGACGAGGAGGAGGAGGACGAGGAGGUGGUGGAGGAGGUGAGGGUGGUGGGGGUGAGGAGCGUGGGGACAGGAGGCGAGGCGCGGCUGCCGGAAGAGAUGGCCUCGCCGGUGCACUUGCCGGUUCUGCGGAGAACCCGCUCGCAGUCGCGGCCACAGCAGGUGAAGUUUUCCGACGACGCAGCUGGACGGGUGGCGCUGGGCGUCAAGGGCGGCGUCGCACGGGAGGCGGUGGGCCAUGGCGACGAGCCGCAGGCUCCCAUGAGCGAAGGCCGUCGGCGACGCCAGUUUCACUUCUGGGCGAAGCCGGACCGAUGUUCGGUCCAGCUGCGGCAGCCGCACCACUCGCACCACCACCGCAAGCGUCGGCACGGCCGCAAGACCCGCUCGGACAACGCCCUGCACUUGCCCCCGCAAGAAUGCGCCCGCAUGACGCCAAGCAUUUACCACCUGGGGCGCCACGCGUCGGCCGGGUCAGCACCAGCACCAGCUGCGGACGACGACGACUGGUGCUCCACGUGCUCGUCUUCCUCGUCCGAGUCCGAGGAGGAAGGCUUCUUCCUGGGACAGCCAAUCCCGCGGCCGCGCACGCAGCGGGUGCACUACUAUGCCGACGACCUCCCGACCCCCGUAACGGCGAUGUCCACCGGGCACCCGUACGACCUGCGGACUAAAUCGAAAAAACGUGGAAAACAUCGGGGGAAAAACUGCAUUAUCUCAUAAUGAACACAAUCUCCUCAUUUCACAUCCUCCUAACGCGCUUGUGUGUGUACGCUUCUGCAGAGACUGACUGGACAGAUGAAAAAAAGAGGAGUGUGUGUGUUUUUCUGUAUCUUCUCAGAAUGCAAACUCUGGUUGUGUGGACUUUUGAACACUUCAAGAUAUGGUAUUUAGAGCAAGAUCUGUUGUGCCAUUUAGGGACUCAUGACUGGUAGACGACUUCACUAGUAGACUGCCAGACAACAAACUCCUUUAAUCGAAGUGCACAGAAAAAAGAAAUGUCAUCUCUAUACAUCAGGUAUCCUUUAAUAUUUGAGAGCAGUUGCUGACAAUGGCUUUCUGUGCCAAUAUGCCCUAUUUAAUCAUGUUGUUUGUUUAAAAUAUGCAUCCUGUUUUAUUGACAAGCACAUAUGUAAAGUGUAUACUCACAAAAUUAUAGCAUACCAUCACAAAGCUGCAGAUCAGUGUUCUCUCUUGACUAAACUACAAGGGAAGUAGGCAAAGUCAUUACUUCCUCUGGUCAAAGGUCAUCAGACACAAAUCCAGGUCAUUUAAUCUUAUAGCCAGACAGACAUGACGUGAGAAUUGUUUUGAUUUAUUGAAAACAUGACAUGUAAGAAUUUGUUUUGGUUUUGUUUUAUAACAGGAGCAUGUUUUAUAUAUUUCAUGUUUGUAUGAACCAUUCAAAGUAUUCAAGACAUAAGGAAUAUUUUGUGCAUUGUAUAGAGACAUUGUUUCCAAUAGGAAAAGAAAGACGUCACAAUAGCACCUAGAGACUAAUUAUUUAAUAGAAUAAACUUUCAUGUAUAUUUGUUAAAUUAAAAGUUUAAUACUGCUAUUUUUUAUAUACAAGUGUGUCAAACAAUGCCUUUCUAUGUUUCUGAUGUAAAACAUGAUAAGCAAAGCUGAUGUGUUUCUUAUAAAGGGGCCAUCCAACCUCUCCUCUCUACACUUUGUUUGUAAACAUGUAACAUAUGGCUGUACAUAGCAAUACCUGCUUCCUGGUUUGAGAAAAUUGAAAGAAAAUAUGCCUGCAAUGGUUUGCAAAAGUCUGCCCUACCCGUGUCAACAGUCAUUCUCUGACCAUAACAUGCACGUGCCUUGGGUUAAACAAAUAUUAAUAACGAUAAUAAUGAUGAUGACAUGUAACCAUGGUAAAAAAUAUGGUGUGUAAACCACAGGUAACUAUAUUCAACUUUUUUGUUCUCCAACUUACAUGUAAUGUAAAGAGAGCUUUAAUAAAUAUUGUGCUAAACUAUC